AACUUCCUGGAUACGAACAGAGCUUUCUCGUGUAUUUCCGGGAUUUUCAAUCGUAUGAAGACAAGCGGACACAUUAGAUGGCUCAGCAUCAGGUCUACUUUUCGAAUUGGUAGUUAACGUCUGAUCCUAUAGCUCGUAAGUUAGCUAUUAUUACUUUAUUUUUUAAAAUAUAAUUCACCGCCAUAGUUAAGUUAGGCGAAAUGACAGAUGACACUAGGCGAGGGGAAGAAGAUGAGCGGGGUCCCGGUGCUGCUUAUCAGAUGUUUGUUGUCAUGGAGGAUCUGCUAGAUAAACUGAAGCUUCUGGACUACGAGGAGGCAGUUCUGGAGAAACACAAUAUGAAAGCUCUCUCCAGACAUUACUUCGCUUCAAGCGCCUACAUGACUUCGAACCCAGGCGAACAAUUCUACAUGUUUACAAUCCUUGCAUCCUGGCUCAUUAACGAGGCGGGUAGACCGUUUGAGCAGCCGCAGGAAUACGACGAUCCCAACGCGACCGUGGCAAACAUUCUUGCGGAGCUCCGAGCGUUUGGUGGGAAGGUGGAUUUCCCUCCUUCAAAGCUGAAAGCUGGCUCAGGGGAACACGUGUGCUAUGUGCUAGAUCGUCUGGCAGAAGAAGCUUUGAAAAAGAAAAGUUUCACAUGGAAGAAACCGUGCUAUCCCACAGAGGAGCUGGAGGAGGAUUCUGUCAUGGAGGAUGAUGCUGAGCUCACGCUGAGCAAAGUGGAGGAGGAAAUGACUGAAGAACCUGAUGACUAUGAGGAGGAUGAUCUCAUUGAUCUUGAUGCACUGAAGGCGAGGACCAAUCAGAAUGAAGUUAAUGGAUCCUCAAAACCUGAGGAUAUUUUGGAGUCAAACACAGAUGCGGCCGAGUGGAAUCUGGAAGUGGAGCGGGUUCUUCCGCAGCUGAAGGUGACCAUCAGGACGGACAACAAGGACUGGAGAAUACACGUUGAUCAAAUGCACCAGCACAAGGAGGGCAUUGAGUCUUCACUGAAGGAAGCCAAGGGCUACCUCAACAAACUGCAGGAAGAGAUCAGUAAGACUUUGGAGAAGGUUGGCAGCAGGGAGAAGUACAUCAACAACCAGCUGGAGCACCUUAUCCAGGAGUUCCGCUCUGCGCAGUCCAAGCUGAGUGAGGCCAAGGAGCGCUACCAGCAAGGAAGUGGCGGUGUUACAGAAAGGACAAGAGUCCUCUCUGAGAUCAGUGAGGACCUGGAAAAGGUGAAACAGGAGAUGGAGGAGAAGGGGAGUAGCAUGACAGACGGGGCCCCGGUGGUCAAGAUCAAACAGAGCCUGACCAAACUGAAACAGGAAAUCGUUCAGAUGGACAUCCGCAUGGGCGUGGUGGAGCACACACUGCUUCAGGCCAAAUUGAAGGAGAAGUCAAACAUGACCAGAGACAUGCACGCUACCAAUAUCCCUGAGGCUGCCAUUGGUGGAUAUUAAUGUAUGAGUACAGAAUGUUCAAGCUUUAUUGUAUUCAUAGUUGUUGUAUUGUAAAAGUCAUAAUGUUAUAUUAUGUUUCAUUAUUUAUCCAUAUGUAGCCUUUUGUAAUGCAGGGCAAAAAGUGUGUGUGUGUGUGUGUGUGUAUGUGUGUGCGUGCGCUUGCGUGUGUGCAUGUAUGCCUGUGGGCUAUAUUUAUAGGUUUGUAUUUUUUUUUUUUUACAUUUUUUUUUUUUUUUUCCAGGAUGCUAAAGCAGACCUAUGUGUACUUAUCAAAUAAAAUCUCCUCCAGCAGCACUAUUUUUCCACUGGUAAUACUGAAUAUACAUGUGAAUGCCUAUAUGUGUAUGCAUACAGUAACUAUAGCAUUUCUGGGCUCUACCACUGGGUAGAAAUAAUACAAAUUGGUUUUCUAUCAUGAACUUUCUUAAUAAAAGAUGACAAAAAUGA